AUGUCGAUUAUCACAGUUGGUCUAUGGAUUGUAACUAGUAUAUUCUCAUCAACAUCUCUUAUAUUGUUAUUAAAGCACUUAGGCCGUACACUCACAUGCAAAUACACUGUUUUUCUUUCAACAUUUCAUUUCUUGGCAACUUGGGGCUUUCUUCAGAUCCUUGCAUCUACAGGAAAAAUCAAAAAUGACAAAGCCGUUUCAUUCCAGAAACGAAUUUUGCUUGCAUUUCUUGUUGUUGGCUCCAUUGUUUUUAUGAAUUUCAAUUUGGGGGCCAAUUCCAUAGGUUUUUAUCAGAUGUCAAAAUUGGUUUGCGUUCCUUACAUGGUUAUGCAUAAAAUGCUCGUUAAACAUCAAGUUUUUUCAACCUUCGAGUUAAUUUCGCUUACAGUCUUAAUUAUUGGUGUUGCUCUCUUCUCUAUUUCGGAUAUUGAAGUCAACCUCGUUGGUACAAUCUUUGCUCUUGCAGCAAUUCUUUGUACAGUUUAUAACCAGAUGUUUACCGAAGAAUAUCAGAAAGAGUACGGCAUCAGCGGUAAUGAACUUCAGUUAUCCAUUGCUCCAAUCCAAUUUGUCCUUGGAUGCAUUUCAUCCGUUGGAAUUGAAGCAUUUGGCGAAAAAGGUUAUUUACAUCAUCACUUUACCAUGAAAGAAGUCAUUCUCAUGUUUUUAACAUGUGUGUUUGCCGUUGGUGUCAAUUUAUCUACAUUUAACUUGAUUGGCACUACAUCAUCGAUUACUUACCAAGUUGUCGGCCAUUUCAAGACAAUACUCCUUCUCGUCUUUGGCUACAUCUUCUUCCCAUCCAAAUGGGGGUCAACUUUCCAAAUGAUCAAAGCAUAUACCGGAAUUGUCAUUGCUUUGUGCGGAGUUUUCAUGUAUUCUAAAGCUAAAAUGGCACCAAAGAAACAAGAUUCUGUUCCAUUAUUAGAAAACAAACAAGAACAAGUUUAA